AUGUUCAGCCCGCGCUGGGACGCUGCCGCUCGCUCCUCGGCACUUGGCCGGGCCCGGCUCCCGGAGCUCAGAAACCGCCCUGUCCUCCGCUCCUCGGCCGGCGCGAAGAGUGGCCUAGCUCUCCGCAACAUUUGGAGCGUCUUUCCUGUUUCCAAAGCCAAAUUUAGGAUUCCAAAGGCACCGAGGUCCGCAUUGUUGCUUUUAAAGUGUCUCCCAGGAAAGAGGCAGGAGACUGGGAACGGCAUCCCUGGUCCUGAGAAUCGGUCUCCGCUCUGCGUUAUUCCCCGGCGGCCAAGCCCAGCUUCACCCAGCGCCUGCAGAAUGCAGCUGGCGAGGGUGGUUUUACCUGAUAACCCAGGCUUUCAAGGGACCUUAGAAACUGGCCUCUUCAGGGAGAGCUUUGAAUCCCCCUUGCACAGCACCUCUGUGCAAGGCACUGGUUCCCCGUGUUUAGACCACAGUACCGAUCUGCACAGGCAAUACAUCCAAGAGGAGGGCAGUGUGCCCCUGAUGCGAAGCUGCAAGCAAUUCGUAGAAAAGUCGUCCUGUGCCCAGCCCCUGGGUGAGCUGACCAGCCUGGACACUCAGGGGGAGUUCGGCAGAGGAGGCAGCAGCAGCCCGUCUUCCUCCUCGCUGUGCACUGAGCCUCUGAUCCCCACCACUCCCAUUAUCCCCAGUGAGGAAAUGGCCAAAAUCACCUGCAACCUGGAGACCAAGGAGCUGUGGGACAAAUUCCACGAGCUGGGCACAGAGAUGAUCAUCACCAAGUCUGGCAGGAGGAUGUUUCCCACCAUCCGGGUGUCGUUCUCAGGCGUGGAUCCUGAGGCCAAGUACAUCGUGCUGAUGGAUAUCGUGCCGGUGGACAACAAGAGGUACCGCUACGCCUACCACCGCUCCUCCUGGCUGGUGGCCGGCAAGGCCGACCCCCCGCUGCCCGCCAGGCUCUAUGUGCACCCCGACUCUCCCUUUACUGGUGAGCAGCUACUCAAACAGAUGGUGUCCUUUGAGAAAGUGAAACUCACUAACAAUGAACUGGAUCAACAUGGCCAUAUAAUUCUGAACUCGAUGCAUAAGUACCAGCCUCGGGUGCACAUCAUUAAGAAGAAAGAUCACACGGCCUCACUGCUCAACCUGAAGUCUGAGGAGUUCAGAACGUUCAUAUUUCCCGAGACAGUCUUCACGGCGGUCACAGCCUACCAGAAUCAGCUGAUAACCAAGCUGAAAAUAGACAGUAAUCCUUUUGCCAAAGGCUUCCGGGACUCCUCCAGGCUCACUGACAUUGAGAGGGAAAGUGUGGAGAGCUUGAUCCAGAAGCAUUCCUAUGCCCGCUCUCCCAUCCGCACCUACGGAGGAGAAGAGGAUGUCCUGGGGGAGGAGAGCCAGACAACCCCAAAUCGAGGGUCAGCCUUUACAACAUCUGACAACUUGUCACUCAGCUCCUGGGUCUCAUCUUCUUCCAGUUUUCCUGGAUUUCAGCACCCACAGUCCCUGACUGCUCUUGGCACCAGCACAGCAUCCAUAGCGACACCCAUUCCACACCCCAUACAGGGUUCUCUGCCACCCUACAGCCGCCUGGGGAUGCCUCUGACCCCAUCCGCCAUUGCCACCUCCAUGCAGGGGAGCGGCCCUACCUUCCCUUCCUUCCACAUGCCGAGGUACCAUCACUACUUUCAGCAGGGGCCCUAUGCUGCCAUCCAAGGACUGCGCCAUUCCUCCGCUGUGAUGACACCAUUUGUAUGACUCUUCCAGAAGUGCAGCAUCUGGAUCCAGAAUGUGCAAGUGGGUAUGGAGGUAGAGGACAGAGUUGGGUGGGCAGGAUGUGCAGUGUUGAAGCAGGUGAUCUCUAGGAAACAUAGGACCUAUUCAAGAGGCGAGCUAGACUCACAAUAAAAUCUACUGCUACAGGAAUGCACUGUGGACCAGAACUCAUGUGUACUUGGGAGAUAGUUCUUGGGUUCAGGACAGAAUUAUUGGAAAGUUCUUGGCCAACCUAAGUCUUGCAAGUAAUAGGAUACUAAUUUACCCAGAAAGUUUAAUAAUAGAAGGCGGACAAAUCUUAAAGUGCAUUAAUCCUAGUGGCUAAAAGUGCCGUGUUAAUGCAGUAUUGUAUAAAAUCAAUGUGUAUAGGUUUUCUUUCUGUUUUCCACAGGUUAAAAGAAUCUUCAGAGAGGCAAUACUGACCAUAUGACUAACUUCAGUCCAUUUCUACCUAUGGGAAAUGGGAACCCAUAGAGAAAUAUUUGUAGAGCUGUAGCUUAAGCAUGUUUCAUUUCUUUUACGUUAGUUCACUGGGAAAGGAGGUGAGAUCAUUCUGACGCAUCCUGUUGUGUGGAUGAGGAUGUGGUGUUGCCUUCACCAAGCUCUUCUUGCAAUACGGAUGGACCUGUGCUCAACCAGCUUGGUGGUCAAUCUUGUCUUCUCUCAUUCUACCCCUCUUCCUCGCAGCUACUUGCCAGUGAUAGAGGAAGAAUCUUCCAAAUACUAUGCUGAAGCAAGGGUUGUCUGUGUUCCUGUGCAGAACUGAGGUUUGCAUUCUGCUGACCCAUCCGCUGAGAGCACUGCACGGCCUCUGAGUGUGAUCUGUGGGGCUUGCUUCCUCUCACAGCUGCAAUAAAAAGAUAGCUGUCCUUUUCCAAAGGAAUUUCUCUGCCAUGGAAGCCAAAGGCCCCUCCAGGUCCCCUUAAGCUUUGGGAGACUUUCUGGAUGCAAAAGUGCAUUGGGCCAAAUUCUCAUUUUUGAUAAAAUCUGCUUUGUUGCCGCUGCCACUGACCAAGGGAUGUGAGAAUGACCAUUUCAAUGCCUGGAUAGCCACAGUUUAACAUAUGCUCAUGAGCAGCCAUUGGCUGUGUAGCUAAUUCAUCCUGUUUUCUUACUGUGUCACCAGUUUUCAAAGUCCCUAAUAUGAAAUUGCAUGGUAAUUCUGUGACUCCCUGGCUGACACACUGGCAGUUCUUAGAAGUAAAUUAAAGCUUCGUCCAUUUUAUGUUCAACUAGUGAUAUCUUCUUAAGCCUUCCUUUAUUGUGUAUAAUAGUAGUUAAUUAUAUUUUAGUUCUAUAAGGUUCUAUAUAACCUGUAUGUUAUUUUUUUUUUUUUUUGAGCAAUGUAUAUCGUAGCCUUUACAAUCAGGGUAAACAUAUUUGGUCAUUUGCAACAGUUAAUUUCCCUAAUAAUGGAGACAAUAAAGUUAAUAAUCUUUCAACUUUGGAAAUAAUGCAUCCCAGCCACAGAAUGGAAUCUGUGUUCUUAGCAAAUUUCCCCAAAACUCUAAUUUAAUUUUUGUAUGUCAUUUCCAUUCUAUUCCUUUCUUACUGCAAAAGUAUUGAAUCUAUUAAAAGAGAUAGGAAAUAUUGCUACUGACAGUAGAAGUAUAUUUGGGGUUAAAUGCAAUAUACUUAUCACAUCAGACUCCCAUGAAAUUUUAUUUGGUUGUGUUAAUGUUAGCCUUUUCUGUAUCAAUUGCCUUUACUGGGCCUGUCCAGCCUGUGACACAGGCGUCAGGGCACACCCUGAUUACGCGGUGGUGGUGUCAGAUUUUGGACACACCAUCCUCCGCUGAACCCGAGUUUACUUACAAAGAACCAUGGGUGUGUUAGCCACUCACUUCAAAGUCCUGUGCCAAAAUAUGGGUUCAUUUGUAGCUUCUUGCAUGUUAUACAGUAUCCAUGGCUAGUUUGUUUUCAAAGAAUAGAUGUGUAUUUCUUUAAAAAGGCAGUUAUGAGCAAUGUUUAAAAUAAAUACCAUAAAGCUAGGAGGGGGGCUUAAUAUUUAAUAGUUAGCUUGUUGCCACUGCUCCUUUGAAUUCAGUACUGCUGCUUAAAGCAGGAAUAACAAAAGAUGCUAUUUUACACUAUGCUGUCCAAUACCCAGACAAAUUCCGCAUCUCCUAAAGUCUAUGCAAGUGAAUCUGUGUCUGGAUUUUCUUUUCAAAGAGAAUGAAAGGAUUAUUUCAAUUCUAUUUUGACAACUCUCUCGAUCUCUGUUUACGAACUUUUUGUUAAAUAUGGUUUUAUACCAGUAUUUCCUGUCUGUAUCACUUUGGUGUGUGAAGCAAAUGGAAACUGCGAUAUAAGUAGACUACUUACAGGAAAGCAAAGUGGGGAAAUCAGACUUGGAAUUCUGAAUUAGGUCUGUAUUUUCAGUGUUUACAUCACCUGAACCAGAGAGAAGAAGCACAAGGGUACAGCGGAACUGAACCAUAGUCACCAUAGCACAGGGAUGGGAGAUGUACCCACUGGCCCUUCUGGGCUAUGGUGGCUCUUGGUUCUAAUUAAUCCCUCAGUAUAGGGAGGUUAGUGUGUUAAAUUCCAAAGUCUUUCCUAUCAAAACUGCUAGAACCAGAUAGUUAAUGGGAAAGCUGAUUGAAUAAUAACAAACCGUGAGUUAUUUGGGGUAAACUCAGGGUUUUCCCUCUACGGUUAUUACAGUAUCAAAAAAUACUGCCUAUGUGGGGUGCUGCCACAGACAGGGGGACCUGCCAGACCCACUGAACUUUAAGGAAUUAGUUCAUAACUAAAUAGGUUCUGCAUCUGUGAUUCAUUUUAAAAUAUCAAUAAUUCCAAGUUCAGUGAUUCUUUUUAAUUAUUUAGUAAAUCUUCCUUCCUCCGCUGGUAACCCUUAGCAGUACAUAGGUAAAUGUACUUAGCGUGCAUCUAAGAUACCACAAAGGAUUAGGCAAUGCAGAUGCAUCACUUUGUGUUGUGCUGCUGGCUUCUCUGAGUUUAUAGCAAAAGUGUAAUGUUUGUACGGCUCGUCAGUCCUAUUAGGUGGGCACAGAGUACAUGGUGUUAAGAAGCCUCCUGAUGAUGAUUCCUCAUCUAGCCAAAGCCCUUUGUAGGAGCUACGAUCAUUUCAAGAUCUACCUCCCUCCACCUUGAUCCCUACCUCUGUCAUUUUGUGUCUCCAAAAUGGCCCCCACGCAAACCCCCAAAAUCAAGAAAUAAUCUUAGAUGUCAAGUAUCAUCAUCGCACCCUGCUUAUGGAUCUGUGAGAAAGCUGUUAGGAUAUUUACCUCAUCGCUGAGCUACACAUGAGCUUCUUAGGCUGACUUAUGUAACUCUGAAUUACAUCGAGGAGAAUCACCUUCACAGUGUAUGGAAUGACCAUCCCCCAUUAAAAUCACAGAUGUAGCCAGGUAUGGUGGUGCUUGCUUGUAGUCUCAGCACUCUGUUUGAGCCCAGCCUGGACAACUGAGCAACUGAACAAGACACUCUUUCUCAAAACAUAAAAAGGGCUGGGGACUCACUUGGUGAGGUCAUGGGUUCAAUGCCCAGUACUGAAUAAUAAAAAUACAUCGAUGAACUUAGCAGUGACUCAGUAACUAAAACUCGAAAUAAUCAGUUCUGUAAUGUACAGGGUAACAUAUUGCAAGAGAACUAUUUUUAUUCAAUCUUCCAUUGACUAAAUAAGGAAAAUGAUUUUCAUUAUUAAAUGGGCAGGGGAUUGAUAGUUAUUAAAAUAAAACAAUACUAUGCCCCAAAUCUAGACAGAGCACUAGAGAGAUUUCAGCUUGCUCCUCUAGAGAGCUGUGUCUGAGGAGGGCAGGUUUUAUAUGAAUUUUUAUAUUGCUUUAGAAUGAAAGGAGUUUUUUGUAAGCCAGCAAAGGAAAGGCUAAGAACUCUUAAAACUAUAGAAAAUCAUAAAACUCUUUCUUCACUGCUUAUUAGUCUAUGCCAGCUAUAAAAUACCCCAACACUUAUCUUUCUUCAGCAUGCUUAAAUAUAGAAAGAUUCAUUUAUAAAUAUUUGGUGGGCACAUAAUCCACAAGUAUUUUCUGGCUUUUUCCCCUCUGUCCUUCGAAUAAUUUUAAUCCCCACCCUUUUAUAAGUACAAUACCCUGGGAAUAAGAAAAUAAAAACAUUUUUGUGAAAUAAUACAUCCGGACAAAAGUACAAUAUGUUGUAUUUUACUUCUGGUACACUCAUAUAUUGUAUUUAGUUUUUUUUUUUAAUUUUCAGAAACAUAAAAGAGUUCCUUAAUUUCCAGAAGGUUGAAAUUGGAUGUAACCUCUUUAGUAGACUGUCACAGUUUUUUUGUUUGCUGUGUCUUCAUUUGCUUAACAGAUUGUGUGAGAACGGUCACCAUAAUGCAGUGUGUGUGUCAGGGGUGGGGGGCUGGGCAUGGGAAAUGUUUUAUGGAAAAAAAGUUAUAAGCCUAAUACUAUGAAGUAACAUCUAAUGAAGUUCUUUUUAAGUGCAAUAUAUUUAUUUCUGCUAGAAAUGUAUUAUCAACCUUAUGUAAUAUUUGAAGCAUUACAUGUUAUUUGUAAACAGCUUAAAAUUAUAUAUUACUCCAAAUUGUACAGAAGUACAAAUGUGUGGAUCUUAGUAUUUUUUUCAUUAAAAGUGGUGUGGUUUUGAUAUAAA